ACCCCAGAAUACAAACCCGCCAUCCCUGUACGCACAUCUCGUACACUUGUCGAUCACUCCUUCGAGCUGCUGCGCUAUGCCUAACGGUACAGGCCAAGAGGUGCAACAUGAUGCAUCGCGACCAAUUCCUCCGUCGCCCGCGUCCAUAGCCAGGAAAUGCUACCUGCUGUGAGGUCAUCCAGUAUGCAGCACAGCGACCACCGGAUAUUAUGAGCUCGUGAUAGGAGAUUGAAAACGAGUGCGCAGAAGGAGAAAUUUCGGCAUCCAGUCCUCAUCACAAUGGCUACCACCAUCUUGCUUUCGGCAUGCCUUGCCCUACAAGCCGCGGCCAAGACAGUCAGGUCACCCACACCCCCUAUGGGAUGGAACUCGUACAAUACUUGGAACUGUUUACCCUCUGAGGAGAAGAUCCACGAGAGCGCCCAAGGCCUCAUCGACCUUGGGCUUGGUAACGCCGGCUACAACUUUGUGACAGUCGACUGCGGAUGGAACGCCCAUGAUCGGGACGCUGAUGGGAGGCUUCAAUGGAACGAGACUCUCUUCCCAUCCGGUGGCAAGGCGCUUGGCGACUUCCUCCAUGACUUAGGCUUGGACUUUGGCCUGUACUCUGGCGCUGGUUACCUCCAAUGCGGGUCAGAGUCGCUGCCUGCGAGUCUGGGGUACGAACAACUAGAUGCGGAGAGCUUCGCUGAGUGGGGAGGAGAUAGCCUGAAGUACGACAACUGCUACUCUACUUCCAACACGACGAUGGUCGACUCUAGCUCUGCAGAAGCUCAAUCCCCAGCACGUUUUCAACACAUGGCGGCCGAAUUAGACGCGGUAGACCGCGAUAUCCACUAUUACGUUUGCCAGUGGGGUAUUGGUACUGAUGUCGGCGACUGGGCUGCUGAAGUUGGCAACACAUGGCGAAUCAGCAACGACAUCUACAAUGCCUGGCGCAGCAUUUGGCGCAUCACGAACCAGGUUGUGCCAUACUUCAGACAUACCACUGUUGGUGCCUUUGCAGACAUGGAUAUGCUGAUCGUGGGUCUCGAUGCCCUUUCAGAAGAGGAAGAACGCUUCCACUUCGGGAUGUGGGCGAUCAACAAGUCGCCUCUCAUCAUUGGCGCUGCCCUCGACCCCGAACGUCUCAGUCAGAGCUCACUGGACAUCCUCUCCAACAAGGAAGCCAUCGCCAUCAACCAAGACCCACUUGCCCAGCAAGCCAUGCUGGUGCGUCGCGAUACCGAAAACGAGUGGGACAUCUGGAUGGGAAAACUCUCGGGAUCAAAGCAGGUGUUGGGAGUCGCGAACUGGAAGAAUGAUUCUCAAAGCGUAGACUUUGAUCUGGCGACAUUGGGCAUAGCUUCGGCCGAUGUGCGCGAUGUUUGGGCUGCGGAAGACCUUGGUACUUUGUCUGGCGCGCAGACUGCCGACCUGGCUGGACAUGAACUGCGACUAUGGGUUCUAUCGAACAUCGUGACAGCUGCGCCUCUCAGCUCAGAAACAUACCACUCAGCUGCCAAUGCGUCGCUUUCCGGGCCAGCGCAUACGUUCUCGUGCGCGACCGACGCAUGCUUUCCCACUGGAUCGAAAAUCGAGUACAUUGGCCGCGCCAGCAGCGUCAUGUUCGCCAACGUCAGCUCUCCGUCGACUGGCAAGAACCUCAUGGGCAUCGACUUCGUCAAUUAUCACUACGCAUUUACUACUGCAUGGGAAUGGGGCGACAACACGCGUAACAUGACAAUCGCAGUCAAUGGCGCUGAGGCGAAGAGAUGGGCCUUCCCUCUCUCAGGCGGUGAUUGGGAGGAAAGUCUGCGACUGCAGAUAGAGCUUGACGGCUUCGUGGAAGGCACAGAGAACAUGAUCGAGUUCCGAGGAUACGGGGACAGCUUUGGGCCAGAUCUUGUAGGCUUUGAGGUAUUGAAAAGCUCAUUGAUCAGCGGUUCACCCAAGCAUGUUGAGGGGCAGGUACCCCGCAUGUGUUUACCCGCGGGUCAACAAUCACCGAACGUCCAUCAUUUAGCUGUCACAUCGGACGAGCUCAUUGUUAGUCCACAACUAACAGACAAGAUGACGCUUGUUCCGUACACCUCAUCGCCGCUAACCAAGGGCUGGGCGUUCAAGCAGGGCGACCGCUCUUCUACUAACGAGUAUCUGCCAGCCUGCGAUGCACCAACUGAAGUCUAUCGCGACUUACUCAAGCACGACAAGAUCCUAGAUCCCUUUCAUGACCUCAAUGAGCUAGCAGUGCACUGGGUUGGCGAUGAGACAUGGACAUAUCGCACGACCUUUGCAGCGCCUUCUAGUCAUGGGGUGGCGAACGCGAUCACUACACUCCGGUUCGAAGGUCUCGACACCUUUGCUUCCGUUAUUCUGAACGGCGAGAUGAUCCUGGAGUCUGACAACAUGUUCAUCGAGCAUCAGAUCGACGUAUCGGGCAAGCUCCAGGCCAAGGAAAACGUGCUGGAAAUUGUCUUCGAGUCAGCACGCAAGAAGGGUCUCGAGUUGGUGGAACAGCAUCCAGAACAUCGCUUCAUUGUACACCAGACAGAAAUCUCACGAGGGCCUGUUCGCAAAGCGCAGUACCAUUGGGGAUGGGAUUGGGGCCCUAUUCUCAUGACAUGUGGGCCUUGGAAGCCGGUGUCGAUCGAGACGUGGGCUUGCCGCCUAUCAGCACUUAAUGUGCAGUACGAACUGUCGCAAGACUUGAAGUCUGCCGAACUGAAUAUGAGUGUCAGAUGGGAGGGUAGAGUCACAGAUAUAGCUUUCACAGUCUCGAAGGAGGGAGAGGAAAAGGCCGGUAUACGCGUCACCACCACUGAUCGCGUUGGUUUUAUGGAAACUACGAUGACCAUUGAUGAUAUCGAGCUUUGGUGGCCGCGCGGUUAUGGACAACAAAGUCUGUACACCAUCAAAGCAGAAGCUAUUGUACAGGGCCACCCAUCCCCGAUCCACCUCAUCUCUCAGCAGUUUGGCUUUCGCCGUGCUGAGCUGAUCAAAGAGACAGACACACACGGCACCUCUUUCUAUUUCCGUAUCAACAACAUCGACAUAUUCUGCGGAGGCUCAUGUUGGAUACCCGCCGACUCGUUCCUCACGCGGCUCAAACCAAGCGACUACCGCGAGUGGGUGAAGCUUACUGCCGAUGGCAAUCAAACCAUGCUAAGAAUUUGGGGAGGCGGUAUCUACGAAGCUGAUGCGCUAUACGAAGCCGCUGAUGAGUUUGGCGUGUUGAUAUGGCAAGAUUUCAUGUUCGCAUGUGCCAAUUACCCAACCUACCCCGGUUACUUGAAAAGUGUGGAGAUUGAAGCAAGACAGAAUAUCAGACGGUUGAGAAAUCACCCUAGCCUAGUGGUGUGGGCAGGGAACAACGAAGACUACCAAAUCGUCGAACGAUACAAACUUCAGUAUGACCCUGACGACAAGAAUCCGGAAUCCUGGCUCAAGACCGACUUUCCAGCCCGCUACAUCUACGAGCAUCUUUUGCCAAAACUGGUCGAGGAAGAAUGCCCAAACGUACCCUAUCACCCCAGCUCGCCUUUCGGUGAUGGCAAGUCGACGGUCUUAGGGGUGGAUCCUACGAUCGGCGAUGUCCACCAGUGGAACAUGUGGCACGGCACCAUGGAGCCUUACCAAAGGCUUCCACAUUUGGGCGGUCGCUUUGUAUCCGAGUUUGGAAUGGAGGCCUAUCCGCACGUCUCCACACUUGAAAUGUGCAUCAACCACCAGCACGACCUCCAUCCUGGCUCGAUGGCCAUGGAAUUCCGCAACAAAGCCAUCGGUCAUGAACGACGCCUCAUCAGCUACGUCUCUGAGAACUUCCGGGUCCAGUAUCUUCUAAAAGGCUAUACACUUCUCACCCAGGUGAUGCAAGCGGAUGCAAUGACGUGGGCUUACAAGUCCUGGCGCCGCCAAUGGGGAUCAACUGGCGAUCGCAAAUGCGGAGGUGCGUUGGUGUGGCAGCUGAAUGACUGUUGGCCGACGAUGUCUUGGGCUAUUAUAGACUACUAUAAGGUGCCAAAGCCAGCGUACUAUGCUAUCAAGCGCGCUAUGCAGCCUAUCACCAUUGGUGUACAACGCAAGUACAACAGUUGGACUGUGCGACCGGCUGAUGGACUGUGGCAGCGCGAUGCUGGACAUAUCGACAUGCGAAAACUGUGGCAGGAUGUCGAAUAUGAUCUCUGGGUCUCUAACAGCACACUGGUGAGGGUGGAAGUUGAUGUUAAGAUACGUUACAUCUCGAUUGGGACGGGCAAGGACAUCAGCACUGAAGAGCGCAAGCAACUACGCAUCGCGGCAAAUGGAACGACCAAUAUACUCACUGGCCAUCUCGUCAUCGUCGAUGAACCACAAGAGCCGGGUGGACCUUUUCGUACAGCGAGGGCUGACCCUUUCGUCAUCCAUGUGUCGUUAUACCAGGAUGGUCAGCUUCUCGCUAGCGACGUGUCCUGGCCAGAGCCUAUCAAAUAUCUCACUUUUGACAACUCAGGCGUACAUGUACGCUACUCGGAAGACAAAAAAAGAGUGUUUGUCUCUUCUGCGAAGCCAGUCAAGGGCUUUGUGUUCGAGGAGGGAAUUGAACACCGUCUGAGUGACAAUGGGUUUGACUUGGUACCGGGGGAAACGAGAGAGGUGCAUGUGGAAGGUUUUGCAACAACGCUGAGGUGGAGAUAUGUUGAGAUGUGA